CUGUCGCACCCAUUCUAUUUUCCUGAGGCGUGAUGGGAUUCGAUUUCAAAGCAUCAUCUUUUCUUCACGUCUCGAACCACUUUGAAUCUCAUCUCAAUGUAAGGGAGAAUUCAGAAAAAGAAGCAAAACCCAAAGGUAGAAUCCAUGUUGAAGUUUGAAAUGCUUGUGAAACGAUGUGUUUAGAGCUGCAAUUCUGCAAAUCCCUCUUAUUCUCUAUCAACACCUCCCGUUCAUCUUUCCCAGGAAACCCUGUUCGAAUUCCUGCAAAGGAAAGAGGUUUUUAGGGAGAUCGCUCCUGGGAAGCCAAUGUGGGUCUCUAAGCUUAAGCGCCUCAGAUGGAUUACUGUGAUUUCGGGUAUAUCGAACAUAGUUGUGAUUGGUCUUGGUGGGUUUUUGGUGAUUUCGGUUCUUCCGGGUUGCGGGAGAGAUGUUCUUCCAAUUUUUAUUGUUCUGGUCUCUGCUGGCGUUAGAAUCAUGUCGAUGAUAGGUACUGGCAUUGCACAGGAAGCUUCGGCCAUAACAAUUCUUCGGUCUCCGACUGAGAGCUCCGUUGUUGACUCAUUUAUCCGCCAUGAAAGACGGACGAGGUAUAAACGAUGGUUAUGGUGGACACGAUUUGCAAUGAUAGUUACUGUGUUGCAACUUCUUGGAGCAACUUACUUGAUAUUUUCUGCAAGGAAAUUUGUUACUCCUAAUGGAACAUCCGGUGGCUGCUUUUUAGGCACCGGGAAGAAGCAAAGUUUACUGGUAUUUUUUCUGGUUAUGGUGUGGUUUAUAGUAGUACUGCAAUGUUUCACCGGAUCUGAUGUGCUAAGAUGGAGGUCAUUUUAUGCAACUCAUGACAAUGCGUGGAAAGCUCAUUACAGGGAAGUAUUUGAUCAUGGAAUUCGUGAGGCAUUAUGCUGUCUGGGACGUGUCAAAUACUUAAGUGUCUUGGAGGAAGAUGAGGUUUAUUCAGUUGCGCGACUAUUGGGUGAUCUUGUUGCAUAUCGUGCAACAGGCACUGGACAUUUGGAACUGUUGUCAGGACUUGCUUUAUUGCAGAGGCACGAGCUUUCUUCAAGCUCGUAUCAAGAGCUGAUGGAAGCUCCUAUAGAAAAGAUUCAGGAGGCUGCACUAUUUCAUCAAUUUGCUGAAGCUGCUUACACGGGACCAUUACUUGAUUUUGGAAGAAAUCCCAUCUUAUUUCCUUGUUCAUGGUUGUAUAGGCAAGGGGUCUUCACCCCCUGGACUCGUAGCAGGCGGCCAGUGCUUGAAGGUGAUAACUGGUGGCGGGGCCAUGCGGCAGCCUUUCUGAGAUAUGUUAAUCUGUCCGCAGAAACACUUAAGCAGGGACGUGUUAGUCAGGUAAAGCGUGAAGCCGCUUACUUUGUUGUGGUUCUCCAUCACAUGAGAACAGUAGUCAUUGCUGUACGUGGAACAGAGACUCCUGAAGACCUUUUAACUGAUGGGUUAUGCAGGGAAUGCACCCUUUCAGCAGAAGACUUGGAUGGGCUAAUAAAGUCUCUCUCUCUCUCUCUCUCUCCACCCUCUUGUGUGUCUCUAUCACUUGGCAAUCAUGUUAGCUUGUAUGUGAAGCAAACUGUGGCCUCAUCUUUUCCACACUAUGGGCACUCAGGAAUUAUUGAGGCUGCACGUGAACUUUACAUGCAAAUCGAUGGAAACCCGGGAAAUGAAGAAAAUUCUCCUGGGGCCACCGGACUGCUUUCUUCACUAUUGGGAGCUGGUUGUGAGUGUGAUGGAUACAGUGUUCGUAUUGUGGGGCAUUCUCUUGGAGGUGCUAUUGGCACACUGCUAGGGAUUAGGUCAGCUACACAGGUUCCAACUAUUGUAGCCCCACCAACUCCUCCACCAGUUGUUCGAGUUUAUACUCAUCGUCGUCUAGAAGAUCCGGCACCCCUUGCUUCUACAGUGCCUGCCUCAUCGUCUUUGUCUACAGAUCUCAAGUCAGGUGUCCCUAUUUCUGAUAUUGAUCUUCCCAUUGCUCACUUAUAUCGUCGAUACCCAAACUUACGUGUAUACGCUUAUGGGCCCCUUCCAUGUGUGGAUUCAGUCGUAGCAGAAGCCUGUUCGGAAUUUGUUACAAGCAUCCUUUACAAUGAUGAAUUUUCAUCGCGCCUUUCAGUUUGUUCAAUCUUGAGGCUUCGAGCAGCAGCCAUCACAGCGCUGUCUCAGGAUUCUGAAGCUGAUUCUGCCAUGGUUUGCAAACUAGCCCGGCAGGUUUUGUAUCUAAGCAAUUACCAUGGGAGUGAGACAGAACCGAAGGUUUUGAGUCCAUCUUUCCACCCUGCAACCUUGACUGAGGAAAAUAAUUCUAUGUACAGGAGACAUCUUAAAUACACAAUUAAAGGUGGGGUGUUUCUUUGUACCGAAGCAAUAUUUUGCAUGCUGAAAAUGCCUGAUUAUCACAAAUGCUGUCUCAAAAAGGAUAAGAAUUGGAAGCUGACAAUGGAUGUCACUUUUGAACCACAAGGAGUUUCUAAUGAGAACAGCAUUGCAUUAAUUGCAGGGAGUGAACAGGAUCCAGAGUUUCCUUUUCAGGGUGUGACUGAGUUAACUGAAAACCCAGAAGCUGUGAUUCUAAAAGAGGACUCUAAUGAACCUAGCCACAGUGAUCAACUGGAUACUCAAACCAAUCCAUUAUUUGAGAUGGAUGCUGAUGUAAUUUUAAGUGAAGGUCCUGAAUCUCAAUUUAUGGAUGUCGUUCCUUCAUCCAGUGACGUGCCCGUGGGAGAUCCCAAGGAGGUGUUUCUACCAGGCCUCGUCAUUCAUAUAGUACCACAGCAGAGAAGAAGUCUUUUGCCUUUAUGGAGAGGCUGGAGGGUUCAGGAGGAUGAGCAUUGUCAUAGAGCUUACAUAGCAAACAGGGAGAACUUCAAAGAUAUUGUCGUGUCACCAUCCAUGUUCCUUGACCAUCUCCCUUGGAGAUGUCACUAUGCCAUGCAGAAGGUACUGGAGACCAGAAUGGCUACAGAUCAACUUGAUGGAGCUCAUAUUGUGUGACCUUGUGUUGAGGCCUUGCAUGACUGACGUGGUGUCAACUUGCUUUUGACUGUUGCUUUGGAUGGACUACCUGGUCUAGACAUUGUAGCAAUCAGGGAUGACAUCAUUGGUUCUGAGGUUGGUUAUAAAGAUGCUCCCUGAUGCCCAAGUAAUCUAUUGAAGCAGUAAAAAGAAGGAUGAAAAGGAAGAGAACAUUGAGGUUCUAUUGAAACUCCAUUCCCCGGUUUUUUCUUUUUUUUUUUUUUUUUU